CAUGAGUUCAACGACCAAGCAAAAUCCAUGGGUUGGCCAUCUUGGGCCUGACGCUUAUGAUCUCAGGAGUGACGUAGCGACAACCCCUAAGGCAUCAAUGCUUGCUGCAAUCCAGACAUGCACACUCCUUGACGAUGUAUGGCAAGAAGAUCGCACGACGAAUGACCUUGAAACUUAUUGCGCCUCCCUCACAGGGAAAGAAGCAGCUCUCUUCGUCCUCUCCGGAACCAUGGGUAAUCAAUUGGCAUUGCGAUCUCUUUUAACACAACCGCCCCAUUCUGUGCUAUGUGACCAUCGUUCACAUGUAUUCAAGAGCGAGUCUGGUGGAAUUGCUUUGCUGACCAGCGCAAUGGUUAACCCUGUCGUUCCAGAAAACGGUCUUAAUCUGACAUUAGAGGAUAUUAUGGAGAAUUUCCAAUCUGAUGAUAACAUAGUCGGAUGUCCAACAAAAGUUAUUAGUCUAGAGAAUACUUUAUACGGUACCGUUAUGCCCCUUAACGAAGUCCGACGCAUUUCAGAUUUUGCGCGGGGGCUAGACUAUGGGAAGCGGUAGCUACUGGCACU